UUCCUUCCUCAGCCUCAGCAUGGAGUAGUCAGGCUGAACGGGAUGAAGCUGGAGGGGCACGGGGGGGAGAAGAUGGGAUGCCCAGCCUCUGGGGUGGUCUUCAGCCCUGCGGGUGGAGAACUGGUCCCCAGCACAGAAGUCCCUCUCUGUGCUGCGAUGCUAGCUGGUGAGGAGCCUGGGGGAAGCAGGAACAAGGGCUGCGCCAGCACUGCCACAUGCUAAUCGCUGCUUUGGCACAUCUUCAAGGAAGAGAGAAGAAAUGAGAUCUUCACGACAAUCCCCCACACUGUGUCUGGCCAGUGGUUUGUUUUCAUUGCUCUGAAAUCUAAACCUGCUCUACCUUUGAAUUGUUUAUGGGAAAGGGUCCCGUAGCCCAUGCCCAGGGCGAGCAUGUCCCCAGGGAACAGCAGCCAUGCCCUGGCUUUUCUGCUGGCAGGCAUCCCUGGGGUGGCUUGUUUCCACCACUGGGUUUUCAUUCCUUUUGGUCUGAUGUAUCUGAUUGCAAUGCUGGGAAAUGGCAUCAUCCUGCUGGUUGUGAGAGCCCAUCACAGCCUCCAUGAGCCCAUGUACUAUUUCCUUUCGAUGCUGGCCACCACAGACCUGGGCCUGACUCUGUCCACCCUGCCCACCGUGCUGUGUGUCUUUUGGUUCCGUGCCAGAGAGAUCAGCUUCCCAGUCUGCCUCGCCCAGAUGUUCUUCAUCCACGCCUUCUCCUUCAUGGAGUCCUCAGUGCUUCUGGCCAUGGCCUUUGAUCGCUACGUGGCCGUCUGCUUCCCACUGAGGUACUCCUCCAUACUCACUGGGGCCAGGAUUGUGAAGAUCGGGCUGGGGAUCAUUGGCCGAUGCACUCUGACACUGCUUCCAUUAAUCUGCCUUCUUACACGGCUGCCUUUCUGCAGGUCCCAUGUGCUUUCUCACCCCUAUUGCCUGCACCAGGACAUGAUACGGCUGGCAUGCACAGAUGCCACCUUGAACAGCCUGUAUGGCUUAACUCUAGUGUCGAUGGUGAUCCUAGACUUGCUGCUCAUCGCCUUCUCCUACACCAUGAUCAUUAGGACCGUGCUGGGCAUCACCUCCAGAGAGGAGCAGGCCAGAGCCCUAAACACUUGUGUCGCUCACUUCUGUGCUGUCCUCAUCUUCUACAUCCCUUUGGCUGGCCUCUCCAUUAUACACCGGUACGGGAAGAAUGCUGCACCCAUUAGCCAUGCUCUCAUGGCCAAUGUCUACCUUUUUGUCCCACCCGUGUUGAACCCCAUUCUCUACAGCAUGAAAAACAAAGCCAUUCGCAGGGGCUUCCUCAGGCUCCUGUGUCAAAGAGUGGCCUGUCCUGGCCAUGGCUGGAGGCAUUAAGAGGGACACUUGCCCACAUGAAAUGCCCAGAAAAAGUGCCAGGUCAAACAUAAGCAGGAGUUUAAGAGAGCUUAAAUGUAACGGGAAGAGCACCUUGCAAAUAAUGCUGACAGCUGAAUGCUGAAUGCAUCCACAGCAGGAUUUCAUCUAGGAAAUGGGUGGGCUGCUUGGUGACCAAGGUGGGCUUCAUGGCAGGUGGCUCAGAAGCUCUAGAUUAGUUUGAAAUUGGCAUGGAGGAGAGAUUACACCAAAUAAAUAUCAGUGAAUUAUCUGUAACUCCCAGGACCAGGUGUUGCUCACCUGAAUCUGGAAGGAACUUGGGUGUGAAACUGCAGAGCUGCCAGGCAGGGCGCAUGACUAUUUCAAAUGGCCAUGAUGCUGGAGGACAGGCAAUCAUCCCUUUUACUCUACCUGCAAAAAGGGGCUUCACUGAGUUCCUGAGACCUACUGACUGGGGGUGGGGGGCAGGGGGUGGG